AAGCCCAACAAGCGACUCGGCGACUCCCCGAGGCCCGAGCUGGCGAGCUCUACUGUCCGCCUGUCCGCGACUGGCGACUCUGCUCGGCCGCUGCCCGCUCCGAACCCUAGCCGAGUAGCCGCCUGACCACCUCCCCGCUGCCGCGCCGCCGCCCGUCAUCCACUCGUGACUCGCCCGCCCCUGGUAACCGCGCGCGCUAGCGUACGUUGCUGAGUGACGGCUCCCUGUUCUCCCGGCGCGGCGGGCGGCCUCCGUGUGGCUGGACUGGACCAGCGGCGCUGCGGGUGUGCGCGGACGACGGCGCCAACCGCGUCUUCGACGGCGUGCCGGAGCUGCUCCGAGUCUUGCUGCGACACCAAGCGUGCCCAGCGUGUGCUUGAUGCAAUGCUCGGGGAGAGUCAACAGUGGUGUUCUAUGCCAACGUUGCCUGCUCUGUUGUGUGCAUAUCUGAUCCUGGGCAAGUGGAAUUAAUUUUCUGGUAUCUGCCCGUAGAGCGGAGUUAAUUUUGUUUUGGCUCUGCAAAAAUCAGAUACUACUGAUGCUGCUGCUGGCGUUGGCUGGCACUUCUCGGUAAAACGGCAGCUUAUUGGCUAAGAUCUGCAUUGGUGUUAGUAGUGGUUACUGCAUUCACUUAGCUAUUUGCUAUAUCAUGAACGAAUAUGCUUAAGCCGCAAUAAGCUCUUUCCUGUAAAGGCAAAAGUUUGAAGCCAUAUAUAUUACUUUAUAUUUGCUGAUUCUUGCUGAUUCUUGUUGAUGAAUCUCGUGAUAUACCAGUCAAAGAACAAAUGGCCAUCGUUGUAAGGUAUGUGAACAAAAAAGGCAAAGUGAUUGAAAGAUUUUUGGGAAUCAAGCAUGUCAAGGAAACUACAUCAGAAGCAUUAAAGAUUGCUGUGGUACAAGUUCUUAGUGCCCAUGGUUUAACUAUUGCACAAUUAAGAGGGCAAGGGUAUGAUGGGGCUUCUAAUAUGAGAGGUGAAUUCAAUGGUGUUCAGAAACUAAUCCGUGAUGAGAACCCGUAUGCUUUCUAUAUCCAUUGUUUUGCUCACCAAUUGCAGCUCGUUGUGGUUUCGGUCUCCAGAUGUUGUUCAUCCAUGGAAGAUUUUUUUGACUAUGUCAAUAUGAUUGUGAACAGUACUAGUGCAUCUUGUAAGAGGAAGGAUUUGUUGCUUGAUAAUCAUCGUACACAGCUUUUGGGUAGGUUGGAGAGUGGAGAAAUUUCCUCUGGUAGAGGACAGCAUCAAGAAACAUCAUUGGCUAGGCCUGGAGAUACAAGAUGGGGAUCUCACUAUAAGACUUUGCUUCGUAUUGAAACAAUGUGGGAUUCAAUAAUAGAAGUUUUGUCAGUCAUACAUGAUGAUCAACGUAAUCCUUCAAGGGCGGGCGGUUUGGUGCAUACCAUGGAGUCUUUUAGUUUUGUCUUUAUCAUGAAGAUGAUGUUGCAAAUCCUUCGCAUAACAAGUGACCUAUCUUCUCUCUUGCAAAAGAAGGAUCAAAAUAUUGUUGAGGCUAUGUCUUUGGUCAUUGAUGUAAAAGCACGUUUGGUCAACUUGAGAAGUGAAGGUUAUGAGCCAUUACUUGAUGAAGCCAAAGAAUUUUGCUGUGAGAAUGAUAUCCCAAUACCAAAUAUGGAAGAUAAUGUACCAAGAUUUGGUCGAUCAAGAAAAGGAGGGAGAAACAAUAUCACUCAAGAUCAUUACUUCCGUGUUGAUACCUUCUAUGCUACAAUAGAUGCUAUUACAACAGAGUUUGAUCAUCGAUUCAAUGAGGUAUCUUCGGAAUUGCUUACUUGCUUUGCAUGUCUUGAUCCAAGGGAAUCAUUUUCUAAGUUUGAUGUGAAUAAGCUUGCUCGCCUCACGGAGAUAUAUUUAGAUGACUUCUCUUUUGAUGAUCGAAAAAAAAUAAAAGAUCAAUUACAGACCUUUCUUAUCCAUGUAAGGAGAAUUGAGGAGUUUAGAGUUUGUCAAGAUUUUGCAAGCCUAGCACUAAAAAUGGUUGAGCUCAACAGACAUAUGAUGUUCCCAUUGGUUUAUCGCCUAAUUGAGUUGGCAUUGCUACUACCAGUAGCGACCGCAUCGGUUGAAAGGGCUUUUUCAGCCAUGAAGAUAAUUAAAACUGAGUUGCGGAACACGAUGUCUGAUGGUUGGCUUAAUGACUUAAUGGUUGUGUAUAUUGAGAGGGAGAUAUUUAAAGGAAUUGAUCUUCAAUCUAUCAAAAAGGCAUUUCAAGUGAAGAAAGAUAGAAAUAUGAAAUUGCCGAAGCAUCCUAAACGCAACCGGACUGAACGCAACUAAUAAAUUUAUCGCUUAUUUUGGUCCCGUUGUUGAUUUGAUGUGUAAUCUACAUGUUUUUCUUCAUUUAAGGUACUUCUAAACGAUGGUCUUGUUGUGAACUUUUAUUUCCGUACAAUAUAUGAAUGUAGUCUAGAAAUGCACCGCCACACCUAAA